AUGAGCACUGUGGAUCCUGCUCUCCCUGGAAGUGCCGAUUCGUCUCCUGGUGAUGUCGCCGAGGACUGGGAAAAUGACGGCGCAAGUGAGAGCAUGGAGAAGCAGCUCAGCGAACGCUUCAAGCAGGUUCGCAUUCUGCAAAGAGCACAAGCUGACAAAGAAGCCCGUAAGGAAAAGGCAGCGAAAUGCCAGGAAGAAGCCCGGUUAAAUCCGUCGUUGAUUCCUUCUCCGUCAGUGAUACCAGCGGGACCAGGAGGUGCGCCACCCGCUCCUGUCAGGAUCCUUAGACGUCCUGAGAGUAGUGAAAAGAUACGGGAAGAAAAGUUUCAGGCUCAGCGUGCAAAAGCUGAAGAAGCAGCAAGAAAUCAGCUCACUCCAGAGCAAAAAGAAGCUUUAUAUGUGAAAGCACGAGAUCGUAUCAUGGGACCUGAGUACAAACCAGAUAACACCCAAUGUGCGCAGAAUGUUGCGGUUGUAAGCAGGUGCAAAUCACCCGAACAGAUCCGUGUUCCGCGUUUCACCGAUUUGCCAUUGGCAGGGACCAUCACUGGACCAUCGCUCGAUGGUGCUUUAGGAGGUCCAAUUAUGAUAGCUUCUAUGGGAAACGUACAAGGCGUUACACCACAGUCAUCCAUUACUACAACCAUGCAACAGAAACAACAAACAUCUCAACAAAAACCCGCAUCUCUCUUGUCGAUGUCCAACCCGCCAGUAGGAUUACCUAUCCAGCAAACUAAUACGAUAGGUCAGCCAGUUGAUGUGAUUGGACAGCAGCAGUCAUGCAUGGUCACCUCGCCGCCUCCAUCUCAGCAACCGAUGAAUGCUUAUCCGCAGUACGUCAUCGCACAACCUCAGCAACACAUACCUUAUGCUAUGGCCAUAGGAACGAAGCAGACAAUGGUACCACCAUACAUCGAUACUACGCGGCCUCCUCCAGCUAUGGCUCUUCCCUCCAUGGCUGUAAAUCCUCAGAUUGCUUUGUCUUCAACUGGAAUGGCAGUGGCUCCACCUCCCGGGAUGAGACAAGCUUAUUAUAAUCCACAGAAUGUUGUGCCUAACCCAGCUCAGUAUCAAUUACGACACGGUUUACCUCAACAACAACAGCAACAUCAAUCAGGUUUACCUUACGGGCCAAAUGUCAUGUCGAUAUACCCUCCUGGGACUUUAACAGCAGCAAUGCGUGGAGCUGCUGAACCCAGUUGUAGUGCACCAGUGGUAGUUGGUAAUACACAACAUCAAAGGAAGGGUAGAAGAAGCCGGAACAAGCGAGAAAAUCAGUAA